AUGCUCCUGCAGGCGGUGGACCUGGAGCAACUCAGGCCGUCAUGGUUGGACAGUGGGUACAAGGCCAGCAAGGAGGAAACGGGUGCAACAGUUAAUGAGGCAGCGAAGCCAACCUCCACAGACACACCAGCGUCAAAAGCAACUUCCCUGCCCGACCAAAGCAAUUCACAGACAGGAGUUGCACCUUCCGACAAGGGAAGGGCAGCUCCAGCAGAGGCAGAUUCCGAGGCAUAUGCUAUAGCAGCACAGGCCUUGUGGAAAGCUGUGGAUCAGAGCAGGGUACAGGCAGAACCGACGCCCACCCAAGAAAGGAAGCCAGCUCCUCCAGAGGCAGAUGCCGACGCGUAUGCCACAGCAGCACAGGCACUAUGGAAAGCCGCUGAUCAGAGCAGGGCACAGGCGGGAACGGUUCCCGCGCAAGACAGGAAAGCUCCUCCUGAGGCAGAUGCCGACGUGUUCGCCACAGCAGCACAGGCCUUGUGGAAAGCCGCUGAUCAGAGUAGGGCACAGGCAACCGUGCCCGCCGAAGAAAGGAAACCAGCUCCUCCGGAGGCAGAUGCCGACGCGUAUGCCACAGCCGCAAAGGCACUAUGGAAAGCCGCUGAUCAGAGCAGGGCACAAGAAGAAAGGAAGCCAGCUCCUCCCGACGCAGAUGCUGUUUCAUAUGCCACAGUAGCAAAGGCACUGUGGAAGGCCGCUGAUCAGAGCAAAGUGCAGGCGGCAGCGACACCAGGAGAAGAGAGCAAGACGAAGCCCGUUGCAGAAGCAGAUUCUGCCACGAAGCCAGAGCCAACGCCUUCCGACACGGUCGCAGAAAGAAGUGCAGCUGAGACAGCGAAAGCACUGACUGAAAGCAAGGCAGACAGUUCCUCCGUCCCACCGGCAAAACCCACUUCGGUGCCAGCGGCAAGCACCAACGAGACACCGCGAAGUUACGUGGAUCCUCUGCCUGCUGUGGAAUCUGCAUGUCGCUUGGGAACAGAUCCAGCUGCCGCUGUUGCGAGCGACCUGAAGGCCCUGGUGCAGAAGCACACCUUCCUGAAUCCGGCAACGGCCAAGUGCCGGCACCCGCUCCAUUGCUGGGUGAGCCGCUGCGCGCAGGUCUUGCUGAGCGACCCCGCAGAAGCGCAGGCUUGCCUUGCCCGGAUCACCCGUGGUCUUGAUCUUGAUCGGCAUCGCAUCGACACUGCCUUCCGCCGCUUCGACGUGGACCGGUCAGAUCAUCUGGAUGACGGCGAGCUAGCACGCCUGGCAGCUUAUCUUGGCUUCGAUGUGGACCCGACGGAGUUGGACCAUGACGAAAAUGGCAGCAUCAGCUUGGACGAGUUCCAGGACUUUGUUGGCCGCAUGGGGGGAGUGCAGCGGCUCUUCGAGCAGCGCCGGCAGCAGGUGGCGAGUUUGCGGCGGGAUGCGACCAGCCUGGCGGGCGUGGCCGUUGGAGCGCGGGUGCGGAGCCACUUCUAUGCUGGCACAAAGCCUCAUCGCACAAAGUCUGAAGAGCCUGAAGAGGCGAUAGUCAUCGGGGUGCACUUCAAGGGAGAAGAAGACAUCGCCUGCCCUUCUCAGCUGGAAGUGCAGCUAGAGUUCUUGAGGAGCGGCCGCAAGACUUGCGUUCCGGCACACUGGGUGGUGAGCACGGAAGAGGACGCCGAGGUGGCGGCAGCCCUUCGUGAGGUCGGCAUUCACGAGGAGGACCAGGGUUUCUGGGACUCCAUCUACCCGGCUUCCGAGAUGCGCGAGGUGUGCCGUCUGACGAGCUGCCAGCGCCGGGCCUUGUCACAGGUCCGAGCACAUGCCACAGCCAGCCACGAGGAUGCCGAGAAAAGAGUACUGGCUCGCUUCGAGGAGAUGGGCUUCAGUGACAAGGAGCUGCAGGCUGUUCUGAGUUGGAUACAAGACCUCGCUCCUGUCAUCAUCCAUGUCAAUAUCGACACCGUGGGUCGCUUUCUGGAGUCCGAUGAGUACUACAGGAGCCAGUUUGAGACCAAGACAUCAUAUGGAGCCAUCGAUGAGGGAAAUCAGACGCGCAUUACCUGGGAGCGUGACCUUUUCGGAGAUGCGUAUGACGAUGCCAAGCCCUUCGAGCGAUGCAAGUACGGUGCUCUGAAUGUCACCAACGACUUCGAAGGUUGCAAGCCGGCCUUCCAAUAUGGUGACUCCUACCUGGUCCUCAAAGAUGUCCGGCUUCGCUGUACCUUCGCGCCUGAGGAUUCUGGAGGCAUCUCAGGAUCCCGACUGGCAGUGCUCGACAAGUAUGCGCACGUGUUAGAGGAAUACGAAGAGGAGGAGAUUCGCAAGCUCGUGGAUGUGGCCACAGCGCCACCUGCACGUCCCAGCUCAGAGGCUCCACGGCUGCUGCGAGGCAGUACUGAAGAUCCCACACAGCAGUGGGUUACGUUCGGCUUCCCGCAGCUGAAGCGCAAGAAAGGCUGUGUGUUCUUCGAGGUGGAGCUGGUGGAGGGCUGCUGUCUGCCCCAGGUUGGUUUGGCCAGCGAGGAAUUCCAGUGCUCGCCUGGUGUCCAGUCCAGGUUUGGGGUUGGCGACGAUGAGUGCAGCUGUGGGGUUGAUGGCAUGCACGGUGCAUGCCUCAAGGGUGGGCCGUUCUGUGCCUGGAAUGAUGUCAGCUGGAAGAAGAAGGAGUCUGAAGCCUACUGGGAGGAGGAUGGCCAACAGCUCCUCGCCGAGACCGUCGUGGUCGGCGUCGUGGUAGACUUUGACUUGAAUGCUGUAUGCUUCGCAUCGAAUGGGGCGUGGAGCGAACCGUGGAAGCCACAGCUCUUGCAAGAGGACAUGCCCUCGUUCUUUGAAGGCCUCUACCCGGCGAUCUCCGUGAAAGGUCGUGCCUCCUUCCAGUUCGGCCCAGAUUUCAAGCAUCCGGCCCCGAAGUCCUACAAGUGGGACAGCUGGCCUGGGGCUGGUCGCGGGCGGAUCCCAAUCGACUGCCCGGCUGUCGGAGAUUCGAGCGUGCUCUCCAUCUACAAGGAAGCCCAGAUCCAUGGCGAGGUGAGCCUGAAGCGAAAUGUGCUUCGCUUGGUUGCUGCGCAGAAGUACAAGCAGAAGGCUCGCUGCUGGACCGUACAGGUCAGCAAUGCGGGACGCUGCAGCGGCACCUACAAGUGGUCUGGGCGGCACAACAAGCGUUCCUUCUACAGAUCACCUACCGGUGCCAUCAUCUACUACUGCGUGGAGGACACCUCGUGGCACAUGAACGACACUGCCGACACAACCGGCUUUGUUUUCCGAGCUCCAGUAGAGGCGGUCCACCUUAGCAGCACUGGCAACACUGGGCUCCUCUCUGUGGAGCCGCCCCGUGGUGGCUGGAAAGCAGCAUUGGAGUUCAAAGGAUGCGUGCGCCGAGACGUUUUCAAGCCAGCCAUGCUGGCCCUGGCGGUGCCCGAGGACGAAGCCAAUGCUUUGAUGCAAGUACUUUGUGCUCAAGCUGGUAGUGACAAAGACCUCAUCUUCCGCAAACAUGGAGCUUCCUCUUUCAGGGCGGAAUGGUCCAAGCUGGCGCUGCGGCUGGCGGCGCGCGGCGAGCCUUUGGCGUGCCGGGUCCCAAACGCUGCCGAGGCCUGGAAUGAGGUCGUACGAUCUGCACAGGCUCAGUUGCUGGAAAGUAUCGGCCUGCCUCGGUCCACUUGCGUUGCUGUGAUCCGCAGUGAGCAAUGCCAAGAUACCGAGAAACGGUUGUGCAUCUCUUUGGGCCCCGGGGCCACAAAGGAGGCAAGCAAUGGCGUUGCCGUGCAUGUCCUGAGACUCCAAAGCACAAGUCUCGACAUCCUCCUGACUGAACCGCGUCUGCCCUGGCGGUCAGCUGGUCCCGGUGCUCGAGCUGUGGCGAUGGUGUCAAGCAGCUGCUUCCUGAGCUCUUUCGGCCUCGACGUACCCGGCACCGUCGUGGAGAGGGGCCCUGGAGCACUUCGCCGCCUCGAGCUGGAGGAGUCCGAGGUUGCAAGGAACGAGAUCUUCUGGCCACUUCAGGAAGCUUCUGCAGAAGAGGAGCUGGUGUUCUUAAGGCUGGCUGUGAGUGCAGCCCUGUUUGGACCUUUCGCGAUGGUGGAGAAUGAGAUGGUCUUCCAGAAUCCAGAAAAUCGGACAAUGGAGGGACGCUUCUCCUUCGCUUUGCCCAUGGGAGUGGACGGCCCAGCCAUGCCAAGCCGCUUUGCCAUGCAGAUCGGAGAGAAGCUGAUGGAGGGAGAAGUGGUCAACAGAUCCAAAGCGCAGCGUGUCUACAGAGAGAUCCUGCAUCAAGCACGGGAUCCAGCUCUCCUGGAGCAGAGCCAGGGCAACAUCUUCACGGCGAGAGUGUUUCCAAUUGCACCACGUGCUCUGGUACGCUUGGUACUCUCCUACACACUCACAAUUCCAUCCAGAAAGACUUAUCGCUCGCUGCAGAUUCCCAUGGCCGGUCUGCCCGAGAUCAAGAACCUCACCUUUGUGGCUGUGACGCAGACGUUGGGCGAUGGUGGUUUCAGUGCCAACUGCACCCUGCCCGAGGUGGGCCAAGUGUAUGGCGUCAUGGAUGGCGACCUCAUGCGCUUUGCGCAGGAGAUGGGCCCCGUGGUACCUCUCACAGAUGCUAUUGUCGAGGUUUGGGACCCGAAUGUUGCUAGCAAGUCUUUUGCUGCGGGUGAUGGGCAGCUGGUAACCUCGUAUGUUGUUGGAGAUGAUGUGGCUGCGCCCACCACUGCACGAUUCGAGCCCUCCAGUUGGAUAGUUUAUGUGGAUACAUCUGCUUCCACUGCAGAUUCUUUCGUUGUAAGAACUCCUCUCAUCGAAGCGCUCUUGGAUGCCAUGCCGGCAGUGGAUGUCAGGGUUCUCGCCUUUGACAUUGAAGUGGAAGAGCUGUGGCCACUGGGUCCCAAGACCAGCGCAAUCGGAAGCAGCGUCCGUGCAGCCCUUGAGGCCCGUGGACCGCUUGGAGCGACAGACCUGGAGCUGCUCCUGACGCACAUCCAAAGCAACCCUGGGACCGUGAACGAGACAGUGGGCGUGUUGAUUUUGAGCGACUUCAUAGCGACGGCCAACGAAAGAGCAGCGAUGAAGCUGGCCGGGCUCCUCGAGACCUCCGAAAAGCGCGUGGUCUCCUUGGGCGUCAUCGGCGCAAAGUACGACAGCGCCGUCGGACGCGCAGUCGCAGCAGCCGGAGGUGGCCGAUCUGUGCAGAUUCCCUUGACAUCAAAAGAAGUGCCCUCCGUCGUUUCGAAAGCCUGGCAAGACCUCACCGAGCCGCUCGGCUUGAACGCCAGUGCAGUGGCUUCGAGCGGUUGGGUUUGGCCAGAGACGUUCUUCGAUCUGCAGCUUGGAGAUGAAGUCAUUGUCUACAGCGGUGGCCAGACGGGCCUGCAAGCGCAAGCGCCAGAGCUUCAGAUUGCUGGCAACACCGUUUCUGCCAGUGCCGUUCAGGCGCCAGCCGCAUCCUUCGGUUCUCUGUUGUCUCGGGAAGCAACGAAGGCGCGCCUGGAUCUCUUGGAAUCCGAGCGCCAGCUGGCGCAGAGUGCCGAUGCAGCCUCACAGAUAGAGUUUCAGAUUGUCGAGCUCUCCGAGACCAGCCGAGUCAUGACGCCUCAUACAGCCUUGCUUGUGCUGGAAACUGACGAGGACUAUGUACGUUUUGACAUACCUCAAGAUCGCCUUUCCCCCAUUUUGGUGGUGACGGCAUCUGGAGUUCAGUUGAUGUCCCGAUCAAACAUGCAGCUCCCAGCUCUGCCUGCCCCAAUCGCUGCUGGGGACCUGCCCAUAGUUGAACUGCCUCCCAACGAGACGGGCUCGAACAGCUCGAACGAUACGGCCUGCGACGUGUCAGACGCCGCAGCAUGUACCCAGCCAGAAGACAUCUUCUCAGCAGAUGAUGCCGGGGCUCAACUGAGCGGAGAUGAAGACGACUCGUACAUUAGUUCCAGUGCUGGUGGCGGCACAAGAAGUAGCCUGAGCCUGUUUCUCGGUCUUCUAGUCUUCCUGAUUUUGCAGCCCAUGCAGGCAGAAUGGGCCGACCCAGUCAAAGAAGCGGAUAGAAUCCUCAGCAAACACACCACACCUCCAAAGGAAAGGAACCGCGAUACCGCGUCAAGCUACGCGGGAGCUCUGUGGACAAAGCGCCGCGUGCAGGACUUGCGCAACUUCUGUGCUACAUGGAUUACUUGGGACCCAACGAACGGUUUGGCUUUCGAAUACAUGAGCAAGGCAGGGCAGUACCAGGGAGAUUCCUCCCUGGCCUUGCGGGCAGCGACGUCCAUUGCGGAAGUGAGACCCCGAGACUCAGAGCAGCUUCUGCGGGCCUCCUGGCUGGCGCUCACCUUGGCCUCGGAGUCCCCCAAGGCGGCGGCCUACGCGCGGCGCUUCGCUCAGAGGUCCCUGGAGGAGCGAAGCGACAACGUGAACACCUACCGAGCGUUGGCCAUGGCGGCCUUUGAAGAGCAGGACUACAGGUUGGCGGCCGAGACCUACGCGAGAGGCCUAGAGACCAGCUUCCAUCAGAGGUAUGGGGAUGUCCAGAGAGUGCUCGAAGAGGAGGCCGCGCUCUUCCUACGUGCCUUGUAUGCCUCCGACAAGACGAAGCCACUCUUUCAAGAGUUUUCCACGGGCAUGCUGAAGACCUUGGACACCCAAAAAGGUGGCAGCAUUGGACUCCGGAUCACUCUUUCUUGGCUGACAGAUGCAAACGACGUGGACUUGCAUGUCAUCGACCCCGACGGAAACGAAUGCUAUUAUGCGAACAGAAACACCCCGUGGGGUCUGGAGCUUUACAGUGACCAGACCGCUGGCCUCGGGCCUGAGGUCGUGGUUGUAAGCAAGAAGAAAGGCACCUACAGGGUUGGUGUGAAGUACUUCAGCAGUGGGGCGAUGGGCGCAUCGAGGGGUACCGUGAUCAUUCGCCAGAUUGACGGCGGUAUAUCCCAAGAUCCUGUGAUGGAAGUCUUCACGCUGCCCGCGGGGUUGAGCUCGGUGCUGGAGGUAGCUACUUUCACUGUCAAGUGA